GAGAAGGCGGCGCUUCGAUCGGCUUCGGAGCACUCCAGGAUGUUGCCGGUGACAAGGACAGUGCAGGGGACAAAGAGGCACCGGAACAGGAGGACAGCAGCAGCAAAUCGCGAAAAAAGAAGAAACGAAAGAGCAAAAAGGCACCGGUGCAGGAGGACGGCAGCAGUGACUCGGAUGAAAAAAAGAAGAAGCGAAAGAAUUUUGAUGUUGAGACAGCUGUGCUUGGAGCCAGGACCAUGCUGGUACAGCAGUUGUCAAAGGUGCAUUCGGAGUUGCUGGAAGCGAGGGGCGGAGCGGAAGAACAGCUCGAAUUGUGGAACCAGCAGCAUGAGGAGCUGACAAAAUCGGUUCCAUUGUCGGACCUGCUGUUGAGAAGAGUGGAGGCGAUUGAUGCUGUUUGUGGUGGGGCCGCCACAGACAUUCCCAAGUUGCAUGAUGUCCUCAGUGACCCGACAUGGGUGGCAACUCACACAGCCGCCGAGAAAGCCUUUAAAGGGCAGCAAAAACAAUGGGAAGAUGCGGGGACAGCGGAGCCGUAUGCGGGUUACUUUGCGAAUGGACCGCUCCUGACGUGUUUCAUGUCCCUGAAACACCUCCCAAGCGGUCUAACCUGCAAGAAAGAUUUGGAGCAGAAGGUGAAGAUGAUGAAAGGCUCCAUCAAGUCCCACGGCGAGCUUGUCAAAAGAACAAAUGCGAUCGUACAGCGAGCCCUGAAGGCUCAAAAGGAUUUCACGGCGGCCCAGGAGAAGAAAGAAUCCCAGGCACAGGAACAGGCGUUGAAGCAGGAG